AUGAUCGGUCGGCGUCCAGCGAGGUCGCGAGUUUUCUGGCCUCUGCUUCCUCGCUGUGCGUCCGACCAGCUGCAGCGUCCGGCCGGCCGGCCGGCAUCUUUCCGUCAUUCGCCGCGGACACCCGGCCUCAUUGUGUCGUGGUGGCGGCGGCGCUUGCCGCUCGACCGCGCGCACUCGCCACUCGUCACCGCCGUCGACGCCGUUUCAGCUGUCGCCUCGUCCUCCGGCAGGCCGGCCGGCGGGUCGUCAAAUAGGUCAAGUGCUUUCUGGCGUCGCGGCGGCAGCCACCCGCCUGUGCCUCUCCUCGCAUUACCCUCACCGCUACAUGCGUGUCCGUUGCUGGUGUCCGAUGGUCACCAACUGGUCAGUGUUGUACUAUACGUUGACAGCGCUACCAGCGCGGCGAAAAAUCGAAUCAGCGCUAGCGAAUUCUUCGGCCGCUGGCUCGCUUCCAGUCAUGUCCGGACAUCGAUCGUUGUCGGCGGCGGCGGCGGCCUAAUUAUAGUAGAGACGGGGACGCCGACGCCGGUACGGAUGCCAGUGCCGCCGAACGGCCCACGCAAUAAACGUCGCCGUCGCGGCCGACGGUCGACGGAUGGCACGCGGCAAGACGACCGGCGGCGAGAGACCGUUGCUGCUGCCGUCGCCGCCGUCCCCAUCGCCGCCUCCCCGAUGCGAUGCGAUCGCCGCGCCGCCGUAGCCUCCGACCCUCCGGUCGGUCGGUCGGUCGGGCCGAACUGCGAUUUGCUUUUCCCGCCCGCGGAGCUGCAGGCGACAUGGCGCGGCGGCGCGGCGGCGCGUAUCAGCCAAACGACAGCGUCGACGACGACGCGCUCGCGGUGUUCGCGCGAAUCACUACUUUCUCAGUGUGUCGCGUCGUCGUUUGCCGACCGGCCGGUCGUUGAUCCGAUCUGCCGGUGCCGCCGCCGCUGCCGCGUCCGUCGUCGCUGUUGUCGAGUUUCGUCGCCUACGACAAACUGGUGUUUUUCUACCGGUCGACCUGAUCCGAUCCAGUCCGAUCCGACCUGA